AUGGGGGCAGGCUUCCUUAUUCCGCCGUGGUACGAGGCGGACAAACCCUCGGAGGCGUCGAAGUUGAUGGUCAGCUUCAUCUGGGGGUUCUCGACGGCGAUCGCGGCGUUCAUUGUCGCCAAGGGGCUGAGGCAGACGUACCAGAUGUGUCGGCGGUUGAAGAGGGUGAAUCCCUAUGUCAUCUUGAUCUGGCUCGAGCUCGCGACAUCGUUCGCCAUGUCGAUUGUGUGCUGGCUGUUCCUGAACGGUAUCCUACAGCCCAGCUUUUGGGUGUACUUUGCCAUCUGGUUUACUUGGGUAUUCCAGAUCCAAUGCCUCCCCCAGAUCAUCAUCAAUCGGCUGGGAGUCCUCAUGACCGACCAGACCCGGACGCGAAGGCUCAAGAUCAUAUGCGCCCUCAUCGUCGCUGUCAUCAAUAUCAGCGUUGCGUGCAUUUGGAUCCCGGCCAGAUUGGAAAUAAGCGAUACCUACAUCGAGGUGAACAAGGUGUGGGAUCGGAUCGAGAAGAUCAUCUUUUGCAUUCUCGACCUAAGCCUGAACCUCUAUUUCGUCUACCUCGUCAAGUCGAAACUCAUUGCGAACGGGUUGACGAAGUACAAGCUCUUGUUUCGGUUCAACUGCUGCAUGAUCUUCAUCUCGAUAUCCCUCGACAUAAUACUUAUUGGUAUGAUGUCGGUCCGUGAUGAUGUCGUAUACCUCCAAUUCCACCCACUCGCCUACCUCGUCAAGCUGUACAUCGAAAUGAACAUGGCCGACUUGAUCCGCAAGGUCGCCAGGGCCACCAACAACAUGUCGUGCUCGAUUUUCGCGGGACCGAUCAUGACCGAGUGCGGGCACGACUCUUGUCUGUGCCAGAACUUCCGGACCAUGAUCUCGGCCGAGCCCGGCGACAGCAACAACACCCGGAGCCGGCCGGCGAGUGGCGUGGUCUCGGCUCAAUCGCUGCAGGUGGACCCGUGGGGCAUCCACAGGACGAUAGAGACGGAGGUCGUGGUCCACAAUGCCGACGGGCAAAAGGUCGACGAGGGCGAAGCGAGGUCUUUGAGCGAGGCGAAGGCAGAUGUGGACGACGUCGAAUCAGGGCUGCGUCCUCCCAAAGUUAUGAGCAGCACUUCAAAAGAGCAAGAGAACUUCUCGGUUUUCAACUUUUCGCAACCAACCCACGCUUCAAGCACCAAGAGCCAAAACAAAUGCGCAAUGUCAACACAUGAAGCAGAAUCGGAAGCAGUCGUGAUCGAAUCGGAAUGCCUCUGCAAAAGACACAAGUUCACCGUCAGCGUGCCCCGAGCCGAGCUGCCCCUCCAAGCCAGAUACUGCCACUGUUCGUCCUGCCGCCACAUCACGGGCAAUCUCUACUGUAGCGUCGUGACGUGGCCCGGUUCUCCAGAUGAGAUUGCCAAAUCGGAUCUGGCCAGAUACAAGUUCUCGUCGAGGUUCGACUUUCUGUUCUGCGGCACCUGCUUCACCCCGCUCUUCUUCGAGGAGCCCACAGAGACGCCCGACGGCCCGCUCGCAUGCAAUGUCCUCACCGGCUCCCUGUCACACCAUCCGAGGUUGCCUGACCCCGGCUUGGUGCGCGUCACCUGCCACAAGUUUGUGCAAGAUACCGCCGACGGCGGCGCCCUCCCGUGGCUUCGCCGACCCAAUCUGGACGUCAGCGACGCGCCCCGCGUCUGGGCCGGUCAGCAAGACGUCAGCGAGGAGCUGCCCGACCCCUGGCCGCCCACCGCCCCUCCGCCAACGCCAGGAGGGCCCGACGAGGUGCCCAUCCGGUGCCGCUGCGGCGGCGUGGACCUCGUCUUCCGCCGCGCCGCCAGCCUGGCCGACUUUGCCGGCAGGCCCCGCGACGAGGUCCCGGGCUUCUUCGACCCGGAGACGCACCAGCCCGCGGCGGCGCUCGACGCGUGCGACUCGUGCCGCAAGUCCGGCGGGGCGGACGUGUUCUUCUGGACCUUUGUGCAGCUGCGGCACGUCGACUUUGCCGACCCGGACCUCAAGGGCGGCUUCCCGACGCUGUCGGCGCAGCUCAAGGAGGCUGUUCUCAAGAACGAUGCGCGGUUCGGCACGCUGGCCCUCUACGCGAGUUCGCCUGACGUGCAGCGGUACUCGUGCUCGCGGUGCUCGGCGACGGUGAUGUACGGGUGCGACGACCGGACGAACCUCGUGGAUCUGGCGGUUGGCUUGCUCGACGCCCCGUGCGGGGCACGGGCCGAGAGCGUGCUGAGCUGGAGCUACGGCGGACGGACUGGGUGGAGGGAGGACGUCAAAGGAGGAUGGAGGGAGGGCCUGCUGGACGCCAUGGAGCGCGAGGUCGAGGAGUGGAGGAUCGAGAGGGGGUGCCCAAAGAGCUUUUGGCGGAUACGGAGAGAGGGAAGAACAGCGCCAUUGUUGUGA